AUCAAGACGAGUUUUAUUUGUAUUUCAUUUAUUAUAUUCAACUUCUCAACAGAAACAGGGCGCCAAAUCCACCAAACCCUAACUCUCUUUCUGGUAACCGGAAUCUUCCAUCAAUUCUUCGCUGAAAUCCGGAUUGGAAAAGAAAUCGAUAAUCCUCAAAUGCAUUGGAAGAACUUUGUUGCCUCCGACUGGGUGUUUAUUUGCUAAUAUAUUGCAGCUAAUUUAAAUUGUAACUAUCUACUAUCGAAAUGACAAAUUGGCUGAAUUAAUUGUACGGGUUGAUAUUUGAUGCUUAUAUAGACUUCACUGCUGCCCGUGUUUCAACAGUUAUGUAAUUCCAAUGUCAACAAUGUGUUAUCUAAAUCUUGAUAUUCAAGGGUUCCAUAGUAUUGCAUAAACAACCUCAUAAUACGAACAGUUAACAGAUACUAGGAAGGUGGUUAUGGAUUACUUCUAGCUUUUGAAGUUCAUUCUGGUAUACAAGUUAAUUGAGAAUGUAAAUUUUUGGUUCUUCAUGAGUAUUUCUCAAUGGGAGACCCAUCACAUGCUUCUCAUGCAAGUAAAACCUUGGAAGUGCCAACUGUUGUCAUGCAUAGAAAGAGACAAGAUAGAUGUUUAGUUGCUUCUGCUCCUAAGUCUUUCUCACGGAAAGUCUUCAGACAUAUAACUUCUCUGGACCAUGGUAGACUGGGAUUUACAGCUGGUCCGGCGGCACUUUUUUUACUGAAAGUUGCAGCCCUGGAGAUUGUGCGAAGGGUCUCCAGGGCUAAAUGUCCAUUUGCUUGGUUCAGUCUUCAGACACUGCAAAUUCUUUGCUAUCCACCCUUCAAGUGGAUUGAGAGAUGGCCAGUCUUCAAAGGUUUGGUUAAGGGUAUGCAGACAUUGUCGAGGCCAUUAUUGUUCCUCUCAAUUGCGACGGUUUUUUCUGAUCAAUCAGAGUGCAGUAAAGAAACCUCAGAGGAGACCACUGGUUCUCAACAAUAUUUGGAACCACAAUCAGAAGAGUCAACUCUUGAUACAAGGACCAAUGAUGAAAGUGAAACUCCCCAAAGUAUGCCAUCUGAAAGUUGGUUGAUACAACUUCACAGAGAACUGGAAAAGCAGGGAAUUACUUUACCAGAAAGGAUUAAUGAGGAUGAGCUCUGUAGAUUCUACACUGCUGCCAAUGGUGACUUUUCAUGCUUGCUUUCAUCAAUCAAGAAGACCAUCCGUUGGAGGGAGACUUAUAGGAUACUUUCUGCUCAAGAACUUGAGGUUUGGUCACAUCUGGUUUUUUGGCAUGGAUGUGAUGCGAAGCUCCGACCUUGCCUUAUUAUUCGUCUUGGACUGGCUUGCUCCAGCUUAGCAUCUCAUGACAGACCUCGCUUUGCUCAGGCAGUGGUAUCUCAAGUAGAACAUGGGGUACUACAUCUGGUAAACAUAGAAGAUCCUCAGAUUACAGUCUUAAUGGAUUGUGAAGGGCUCUCCCCUCUCAGGUUUCCCAUGCAAAUGAUGAGAUCUUGUUUAGCACUCAUGCAAAAUCAUUAUCCAAACCGUCUUGCCUGUUUCUUUGUUAUACGGCUUCCUCCAGUUGUUCGAGUCAUUGCACAAACUUUUAUUCAAGUUCUGAAACCUGUCACUCGGAAAAAGUUGAGGAUUGAAGGGGAUACGUACCAAAAGGUUCUCAGCGAGUUCCUCCAGACUCUCCCCGCAUUUCUUGGUGGCAGUUGUACAUGCUUCAAGUGUGUGAAUCUUGGAAGCCGCGAUAUUUGGCGUCAGACAGGUCGGGAGACUGACAAGAGACGGUUAGUUGUGGAUUCUUCAAACCAUGAGGACCUAUCCUCAGCAGUGGAUGCAUACCCGGUCGACUUUGACAUGAACGGUAACUGGGACCAGGUUCUAAGGACUGCCAUAGUAGCAAUCCUCAUGUUGUUUAUUUUUAGUGCCUUUAUUGGGGGGUUGUAUGAUCCAGAUGGUCUUCCCAUGCUCUCAUGAUUCAUAUAAAGCCAAUAUCAUAUGCUUCCUUUGGGUGUCUCAAGUCAGUUAUGUCCACUCCCUCUUCAAAAUUAGUUCUGUUUAUGAGCUGAAGAAUCUUAACUCCACCGUUGUUACUGAAUGUACUGUUGUAUCAGUGUUCACAUUGGAAGAAGCACCAGUAUAUAUUUUUGACGUGUAUGUUUGCUAGCUGGAGAGGUUAUUGAUAUGUAAAUAAGCUAUUAUGCAGUUUGAACCUGUCAGGUGAAUUUAUGCUGUUAGAUGUGGACAGAUUGUCAUACAUAAUUAGCUUGGAUUGAUUUUGUUCCGUGA